GUUGCCGUGAAACCGAUUCGGCGAUCGCCGCACCGGCCGGGGAUCCCGCGGAAGUGACCGGGACGAUGGCGGAACCGGACGGCUGGUCGAUUGACCGGGCAAUGGCGGAAAUGACCGUUGCCGGGGUGUUCGGCCCGGGUCUGCGAUACGUGUCGUUUGAACGGGAUCAUUAUUUCGCGUCCACGCUGCUGUUCGGCACGCUGACGGUGACCGCCGGUGACGACAGCGAUGACGCCGGCGGCGAAGGGCACCGCCGACAGCGUCAGCUAGCCAUCAAGUUCAAACACCGAGUGCCCGAGAUGCGGGCCAUGUGCAACAACGACUUGCAGUUUCACAACGAGAUCCUGUUCUUCGAGAGGAUCGCACCGUUUUUGAUGGCCUGCGCGCGGUCGACCCGCGAUCACGAAUGCAAGCAUAACCGCAGCCGCGUGACGCCGCUGCUCCCCCGGUAUUUUUACGGCCGAAACGAUUGCGGCGAUCGCGCGUCGCAAGACAUGGUCGUCCUGGAGAGCGUGUGCCUACACGAGUAUCGGUUGUCCGACCAACUGGUGUACUUGGAUUUCGACCACUUGGCCGUAGCGCUCAGGACGUUGGCAAAGUGAGUGAAAGCAGUAGGCAGGUGCAUACGCCGAAAACAAAUUUGAUCGGAAGGGGUUCUUAAAAAUGUACGACCGACAUUUAACAAUAUUUUUAAACAAAUAUUAAAUUUAAAGAAGUAAAUUACACAACUAUUAAUUUUCGGGGGAUGAACCCCCUACAUUCCCACCUGUAUACGUGUAACUGUUAUAUUACUAGGGUAUGUCACUUAUGGAAAAUAUUCAAUAUGUGAUUUUUAGUUUAGAGUUUUUUUUUCAAAAUUCUUCUAUUCUUCUAUUUAGAUUUGUGUUUAUACAGUCUAUACUAAUAAUUUUGUUGUUAUAACUCUCAGAUUUCACGGGCUGUCGUACAGAGCCAAGCACGACGAUCCGGUGAAAUUCGCGGAAACGAUUGCCGGCGUCAAAGAAACACAAUGGGACGCCGACGGACAGUGGUAUGUCCGCGGUGACGGUCUCGGGAAACUUCUGGAGACAGCACUGGACCGGCUGGCGGAACGUCACGGCGACGGUAUGGCGGCUCGCCGGUUUCGGACCGAACUGUUGGGAGACGCGAGACGGACGUUGCGGCACGUGAUGGAGCCCGUAGAACCGUCGGCCGUACUGUGCCACGGCGACUUCAACUGGAACAACUUGUUGUUCCGGUACGACAGCGGCGGCCGGCCCGUGGACGUGAUGCUGGUCGAAAUGUCCAACGUCCGGUACGGAUCGCCCGCGCUCGACUUGUCAUUCUUCCUGUACAUGAACACGGACCGCCGGCUCCGGGACGCCCGUUGGGACGAGCUACUGGACGCGUACUGUGCCGCGCUGUCCUCGGCCGUGUCGGACUCGGCGGGCGCCGUGUGGGUGCCCGAUCGCGCUCGGCUAGACGAAGAAAUGCGCGAGCACUCGUUCUACGGCCUGGCGCACGUGUCGUUUUCGGUGCGGCUGAUGGCCGAAGAACAUCGACAGGUCGAUCCCGCCGAGUUCAUAAACGUGGACGACGACGAGGCCCUGUGCUUGCUGUUGGCGUUCGGUGGCGACAGGGCCACCGACACGUUGGCCGACGCCGUCCAACACUUCUUAGAUAUCAGUUACAACAGAACGAUGUCUUCACUUGAAUAAUUCUAGUCACGAAGUCACUUCGCGGACGACACCACACCGUAUAUUUACACAGGGUGAUAAAUCCUCGAUAAGACAUUUAUUAUUUCGGAAAUUAUUCACUUUUUCCGGAUUUUUUUUCUUUUUUUUAAUAAUUUAAGAAUCGGCCGGCACUAAAAUGAUACCCACAUUACUUUAAAUUUUUGGCAAAACCAAAAUCGGUUGUAAAAACGUUGACGAAAUAGUGUCUAUAUUGUACACUAUAACUAUACUAGGUAAUUCAAUAAAACGUGAGCUGUGCAUUUUGUUUAGUUUACCAGCAUAAUACUGUUAUGAUAUUAAAUA